AUGGCGCGUCACUUCUCUACUAUUACAGCUGGUCGUAGGAUCGGGGUGAAUAUCAGCAUAUAUUCUCUGUUUGAUGACGUCUGGGAACGGGCGCCAGCGGAGCAUCAGAAUUUCCUCAACUCGCUCCAGGGCAUGCCAGCCAAUGCGGCGGCUGACCUUGCUCGAAGACUAGAAUGGUCGACAUCAAAGCAGACCGUCAAACACCUUCGCUUGAUGUUCGAAGAACUCAGCCAAAGCUUUUCCGACAGCGACACCACCCUCCACCUAUCCAUCCAGCUUCACGAACUCGAUGAUGUGAAGCUCCUCGCCGCCAGUCCAGAGCUCUUCUUGGGCGAUCUCUUCGACUUGAAUACCUGGCGAGAGUCGACAGAGUCCGCUUCGAAGGCCUGGUCAGACGUUCCGUUCGUGCGAAACCGCGGCCGCGCCAAGCCUUACUUCCGGCUGGACGUGGUGAAAUAUAUGCCCCUUUGCUCGCGGAUAGUGGAAGAGUCUUACCCUGACAACGAGCAAAGGGUUCGACGGGACGGGACGAAGUACUGGACGCAGGACUCCAAGGAGUACCUGGAGUGGCAACUCGCGCCUGCAAAGGAGGGAGAGUAUGCACUCUUCGGAGACGUCGUGGUUGAUCAGACGGAUCAAGAAAUCCGCGUUUGUGAAGGCUAA